AUGGACCUGGACGCACUGGGCCUCAAUUCAACGUUCGAGUCGACUGAACUAGACGACAAACACCAGCCGAAAGUGGAUGUGGUCGAAACCAGUGAUAUCGAAGGCCCGGAGGAUUUCACAAUGAAUAUGACUUAUUGGAUGACAGCCGACCUUCCGCUGGCGCAACAGAUACGAUCGCGAAAAGAGGCACAUGCGAACAUCGCGGAGAGACACGAUCAGGCGCAGGCAGAAGGCGACAAUGUGAGGGAGGAAAUUCCACGAGGCAGCGAAUCUGAGGCAGAACCGCACCCUGCGUCAACCACAACGCGCGUUAAUGGCACCACCAAAAGCCGCUCUAGCAGCAAAGCACCAUCCGAAGCGUCCAUGGAGAAUGAGGAGAAGGUCAGAAGCUACCUCAGUGCACUGCCGGAUUCAGAUCUUGGAGGCAAUGUACUCACGUCAACCCCUCUCCGGAUCCCUAGGCAGAGCAUGCUCCAAGUUCCAAGCCCUUCGCCCGCAAGGGCGCGGUCGUUGCAACCUACCGUUGAAGAUUAUGACACUCCGCGAAAACCGACUCAAGAAACGGUCAUCCACCGCCCUCCCGAACGCAUCGCCGAACUCGAACAAGAGUCGUUACAACAACAAGUCGCAGAUUUGCAAUCGCGCCUGCAAGCACAAGAAGAUGCCUCCAGGAAACGGAUAACGGAGCUUGAGACGUUGCUAUCGUAUACGCGUUCCGAUCUAGAUACCGCACGAUCAGGGACCUACAAGCAGAAAGAGCAGAUCGAGAGAUUGCAGGAAGACAACAGUCGGUUUCAACAGGAAGCCGAAGAGUCUCGUGCGUCUGUCGAUGGCCAGCUAAAGGCGCAGGAAGAGGGGUUCAAUAAGAAGUUGAAGGAGUUUGGCGAAGAGCUGCGGUUGCAACAUCAUGCCAGACUCCAGAGCCAACGACAGGAAUUUGAACGACAACUGCGGUCGUUGGAAGAGGCGAAGCGCACAGUGGACACAGACGUGGCCUCCAGUGGAGAAGUCAUGGCGCUUGUGAAGCAUGAGUUGAGCCAGCUGCGAGACUCGCAUGAACGGGAACUGCGUGAGCUGCAAGAUUCACACGAACAAGAGCUGCAAGACUUGAAAAAGGCUGAUCAGUCGGUUGAACAAGGCGAUACAUUGAUUCAAGCUACAGAGGUAGUCGACUUGCAGCAAAAGUUCGCUGCUUUGCAAAAGCGCGCAAGCGCACUGCAGGCCGAUCUUGAAAGAGCCGCAGCAGACACUCAAUCGGCUCGCGAAGAAGCACUUGCGAGCCGUGCACUCCACGCAUCCUCGGAAGGAGCCAUUCAAUCUCAGAAGAUGCGCGCGUCGGAGCUUCAGUCUCGCGUCGAUCACUUGGAGUCGGAGAUGGCCUCUGCUCAAGAGAAACUCGCGUACAAGGAUCAGCAGCUUGAAGACAAGCAAAGAUUGGAGUCCCAACUUCAGUCCUUACGCCAAGAGCUUGAUGACGCCCAAAGCAGACAGUUAGCAAAUGAGACGGAUUCCCUAGAUGCUCAUCUGGAGUCGCGGCUUCUGUCCGUGCGUAGCCAGCUCGAGUCUGCUCGCAAUGAUGUCAGAGCGAAGAAUCAGGAAGUCUUGAAGCAAUUCGAGGAAUAUGAGCGGCUUGAACACCGACUGAACACGGCCCAGGGGCGCAUAGAAAGCCUCGAAACAACGGUCUCCUCACUACGACAGCAGCUUGCCGAAGCACAUCGAGAAACUGCUAAGACUCGCACUGAUGCUGAACAAUUAGAGGGCUUGCUAGAAGACGCGAAUGAGCGUCUCCAGGAUGCACGCGCCGAAGCCAAUCGGCGUGUUGCCGAUGUAGAGAAGAGACUGGUCAAGUUCAGGGACACGAAAGUGGAAUUGGAGAGCAGUCUGGAGCAGUUGCAAAAAGAGCAUGACGACCUGAAAGACGACAUGGAGAUGCAGGUGGAAGCCGUACGCGAUAAAGCCGAAGAUGCUGUCCGUAAGGCCGGCGCUCUACUCGAACAAGAACGCACAGAGAAAAGGAGAGCUACAAAGGAACUCAAGAAGACGACCCAGCAGCUCGAGCAGCUCCGUGCCGCAGCCGCGCGCAAGUCUGAAGAAGACGACGCUUCAGACGAGGAAAGCUCGAUGCUACCCUCUAUGCAUAACGAUCCUAAGGACGCCGAGAUGGAGAGUCUACGCCUCCUCGUCCGCAAGCAAGCUUCCACCCUCAAGACCCUCAAAUCAGAAAUCUCGUCCCUCCGCAAAGAAACAACACGCCUCAAGACGCUGCAAACGGACUCUCAAACUGAGACUAUCACCGACCUCCAAUGUCAGAUCGAGACUCUCCGUCGCGAAAACGAAGUACUGAAGACGGAUGCAGAGACCCGUGAGCAAGACUUCAUAGCUAUUAACAAAGCCAUGGACGAUCGACUCGCGGCUAUGCUCAGCAAGGCUAUGAAAGAGCGUGCAAAGACGGUAGUCAGCAAGCGCGACGGACAGUGGGCGGAGAAGAUGCAGGGCGAGAGGGACUUCAUGGGCAAGGUGUUGAUGCGGGAGUGGGGCAGGCAGGAAGUUGGGAUUGCAAAGGAGGGCGAGAAGCAGGGGUACCGGUACAAGUUUGUUCAGAGAUCCUGA